CGGAUCCAGUUCUUUUAGUCGACGAACAAGCAUCCCAUACUCCGUCGGUCGCCGUCCACCGUUGUCAGCCCUGCGUGGUUGUUCUCGGGCAAGCAGUGAAGAAAGUUCGAAUUCUAAGGCUUUUUCUUCCCAAAACCGGCCUGGUUUUGUGAAAUAUGAGUUUAAUAUCUCAAAAUGUUGACCUUAAAAAUGAGGUCAAGAAGACCAAAAGAGGGGAGACCAGUGAACUUACAUAUCUGGAAGAGGUGGAAGGUGUGAAAGAAUCUGAGAUUGAUAUGUUGAAAAUGAAAAAGAGGAAGAAAGAGAGCAAGGAGGAGCAGUUGCAAAGGGAACAAGUGAAGGAAAUGAAAUCGCUAGAAAAUUUUUUGUUUGGAUCUCUCUACUCCCCUAUUGAAUUUGGAAAGGGAGACGAUAGUCUGCAAGAUGGGAUUGCAAAGGGUUCUGAUUCAUUCUUCACUGACCGUUCUGCAAAUAGUGUGCUAUCGGCUUAUGAAGAUGCAGAUUAUUUGGAGGAAAGUGAUGAUGAUAGGGAUGCUUCACAAAGAAAACCAGCUUGGGUAGAUGAAGAAGAGGAAUCAACUGCUGUAAACAUAGCCAAAGUUAAUAGAUUAAGAAAGCUGAGAAAGGAAGAGGGUGAAAGCUUGAUUACUGGUUCAGAGUAUGUGUCAAGAUUGAGGGCACAGCAUGUAAAACUCAACCCUGGAACCGACUGGGCACAGCUUGAUUCAAGGUCAAAAAUAGAUAAAUCUUCUGAUGAUGAAUCAACAGAUGAAGAAAAUGAGGUUGUUGUGAGCCGUGGUUACAGGGAUAUUGAUGAUAUUCUUAGAACAAAUGAAGACCUGGUUGUGAAGAGCCGGUCAAAGUUGAUGCCAGGACAUUUGGAUUACUCAAGACUCGUGGAUGCAAAUAUACAAGAUCCUUCUAAUGGUCCCAUAAAUUCGGUCCAGUUCCAUAGAAAUGCCCAGCUGCUUCUUGCUGCAGGACUAGAUCGGAGGCUUAGAUUUUUUCAAAUUGAUGGCAAGCGCAACACUAAAAUUCAAAGCAUCUUCCUUGAGGAUUGCCCUAUUCGAAAAGCAUCCUUCUUGCCUGAUGGAUCUCAGGUUAUAGUAUCUGGUAGACGAAUUUUUUAUAGUUUUGAUUUAGUCAAGGCUAAAGUUGAUAAAAUAGGCCCUCUGGUUGGUAGGGAGGAAAAGAGCUUGGAAGCUUUUGAGGUGUCCCUCGAUUCUCGCAUGAUAGCGUUUGUGGGUAAUGAAGGCUAUAUUUUGUUGGUUUCAACUAAGACGAAGGAAUUAGUUGGUACACUAAAGAUGAAUGGGACAGUCCGCGCCUUAGCUUUUGCUGAAGACGGACAGCAGCUGCUGAGCACUGGUGGUGAUGGCCACAUCUACCACUGGGAUCUUAGAACAAUGACUUGCAUACACAAGGGAAUUGAUGAAGGUUGCAUAAAUGGUACAGCUCUUUGCACAUCGCCUGGGGGGGAACUUUUUGCAGCUAGUGGUUCAGAUGGGGGGAUUGUGAACAUUUACAAUAGAGAAGAAUUCCUUGGGGGCAGGAGAAAGCCCCUGAAGGCUAUUGGCAAUUUGAUUACCAAAGUGGAUUUCAUGAAAUUCAAUAAUGAUUCUCAAAUACUUGCAAUCUGUUCGAGUAUGAAGAAUAGCAGUGUAAAGUUGAUACACAUCCCAUCUUACACAGUAUUCUCCAACUGGCCGCCACCAAAUAAGAACCUACACUAUCCCCGUAGUAUUGAUUUCAGUCCUGGUGGUGGUUUUAUGGCCGUGGGAAAUGCUGCAGGAAGAGUUUUGUUAUACAAGCUGCAUCACUACCAGCAUGCCUGAAGAGAAUUUAAAAUAUAUUUUAUCUGACAAACAUGGCAUCAUUUGGUAGAGGUUCUGGCGGGAUUGGUCAAUUUAUUGGGGGAUGGAAUGUGUUGUAUCAGCAUCUGCUGCUCCUGAUGGGUAAUGCGGAAUUGUCUUGUUGACUCAAUUCAUCGAAAUCUGAGUUCAAUAGUUUCUACUUUUUAGAUUCGAAAUGGUUCAAACCGGAGAAGAGAUCUCCUGGGCAAAAUUUUCUUCUGUUGUGUUCUAUUUCGGGAAUACUUUUGCUCGAGAAUUUGCCAUGUUAGUUGUUACUUGAGGUUAAGAUAAUGAAAACUGUAAUCGUUUCCAAUUUCUUGA